AUUGCGCUUGGGUGUCGUGCAUUUCCAGUCGCUGUUUAAAUGCCCUGAACCACGGCGCUGCUGCGUGUUUUUGAACUUCACAGGGAGCCUGCAAAAGUCGAAUGAUCGGCAAUUGUUACGUUAUGUAAUCUUGACCUCGCUACAUGGCAACUGUGACCGAGCAAUGAACGGCGGCGCUGUGUGGGAAUCGAAGAGCCACAAGGGGUCGCAGUUUUAUAAAGAGACGGUGUUUCUCUGGGAAGGGCUGGGACGAAAGGCGAGCGAACCAAUCGGAAGGCGCAGCUUCGGAGGAAUCCCCGUUGCUAUCAUAGUGACGUCACUUCAUUGAUCGGUUGGGGGGGGGGGGGUCGACCUGGCCACCUGAAUAGGAGGGGCCGCUACGGCUUGCAGGAUGGGCCAAUCCUCAUCCUACUCAACAGUGGCGGCGGCGGCGAAGAAGAAGGCGAAAGCGAAAUCCUCAGAGAAGGCUGCGACCAGGGAGACUACGGCAGGCGAGGACCGGAGGGAUGACCGGUUCGACCGGGAUAUAAUUAAAAAUAAGGCGCUGCCGCGGGUGGCGGACACGACCUCGGAUGGUAUUAAACCCUGCACACCAGACGAGAUCGGGAGAAAGCCGAGCAAGGCGGAUUUGUCCGGCGAUGCGGACCCGCGGCGAGAGGACAGCAGCGGGGUCGCCGGGGAGGGCACUGCGGGUUCCCAGAGUGCGAGCGGCGGGAGCGGCAUCGGGGGGCAGCCGGGGGUCUUCACCUGCCGGGAUUCAUUGACCAGCCCCGCGGGGGGCUCGCCGGCGGACUCGGGUCCAGUUAUUAGAACUGCUUUAAGCAGGAAUAUUAAGACGGCGACUACCACAACCGAUACAACCGGAGCUAGCGCUGCAGAGUCGGGGAGAGGCUGCCGCGCCGUGUCGGAACGCGGGGACCAUGAUCGCAGCGUUUCGGAGCAAAUCAUGGAAAAUAAAGUAAACUUUUUAGAACCCGGGGGAGACGCGGACCCGAAUUCGGAGGAGCCGACAGUAACAAAUAAACUCCUGCGGAGUUUGAGACUGGAUGGUGAAUGUGUAGAGAGCAGCAGGUCUAUCAUUUCGCCUGUGCUCGAAACUUUUAACUCCAGCCAGGAACAAAUGAGCAGGACGUGUUCAAGCGUGUCUAAAAAUGCGGCAGACGGCAGUAUGGAAAGCCAGGGGUGCCCAGUGAACUCCAGCAGUGAUGACAUUUUAAGAUGCCUUGGAAAUGGAGGGCCCCCAAACGCAGACCCCGAUUUCCAGUUUGGGGUUCCAGAUAAAAUCUGUAAAGUCCCUGAACGCCUGAGCUUCCCCAGGACGAUCCCUCGGCUCAUUGUGACCCGGGAGCCGAGCCCUUGCAGGGAAGAAGGGUUCGGGCGAGGCGGGGACGUGUCGGACUCGCACCCGGACGUGGAGUCGCCUUGCUCGGACAGUGGGUGCGGGGGGUCCCCGUCCCCCUCCUUGCUUCUCCGCAAGUGUUCUAGCUCGUCCUCCGCCGGGCUGUCCUCGGCUUCCUCUUUUGAAGAGUCGGAGGACGACUUCACCGCGAACGACAUUGAACCGAACAGCCUGAUUCCGCAGAAUACACUGGGGAGCCCCGACGACACCAUGGGGAACAAGUCGUGGAGGAAGCUGAAAACCAUGGUGCACUGGUCCCCCUUCGUCGUGUCCUUCAAGAAGAGAUACCCCUGGGUGCAGCUGGCAGGGCAUGCAGGGAACUUCAAGGCAGGGGACUUCGGGAAGAUCCUAAAAAAGUACUGCGAGUGCGAGCAUCGUUCUUUGGAGGGGCUGAUGCUGGACAGCCUGCGCCCCUACGUGCCAGGGUACUACGGUCGGGUGGAGAAGGAGGGAGAGACCUACAACCAGAUGGAGGACCUGCUGGCUGACUUCGACUCCCCCAAUAUCAUGGACUGCAAGAUGGGCACACGGACCUAUCUGGAGGAGGAGCUGGUGAAAGCUCGGCAGAAGCCCAAGCUGCGGCCCGACAUGUAUGAGAAGAUGAUCGCUGUGGACCCAGAGGCCCCCACGCCGCAGGAGCGCAGCCAGCAAGCCGUGCUCAAACCCCGCUACAUGCAGUGGAGAGAGACCCUGAGCUCCACCGCCACACUGGGGUUCCGCAUCGAGGGCAUCAAGAAAGCAGACGGCACGUGCAACACAAACUUCAAGAAAACCAAACACAGAGAGCAGGUGCAGCAGGUGUUUGAGGACUUUGUGGAGGGGAACACCAGCGUCCUGAAAACAUAUUUAAUGACACUGAAAGAGCUCCGAACAGCAUUAGAAAAAUCUGACUUCUUCAAAUCACAUGAGGUGGUAGGUAGCUCGCUGCUGUUCGUCCAUGACUACACAGGGCUGGCCCGUGUGUGGAUGAUCGACUUUGGGAAGACGGUGAAGCUGCCGGACUCGAAGACGCUCGACCACCGGAUCCCGUGGGUGGAGGGGAACCGAGAGGACGGCUACCUGUGUGGGCUGGACAACCUCAUCGACAUCAUGGGAGCCAUGGUGCCAGACUGACCCGCUCCUCCAUUUAAUAACUGGUUCAAUUCCAAAGAACUGGCAGCCUCAGAGACGGACAGGCUUGACACAGCUGUUUCUGAGCCUCAACACAGUGUGCCUGGAAUCUCAAAUCAUUCUGAAAGACGAAGAAGAAACAGAAGGUUUAUUUUGCAUCUGGAGUAUCGUGACCAAACUGUUUUUUUUAGUUUUUUUUUUUUUUGUUGUUUUUUAAGACAAACAAAGCACGCAAGUGGCCUUAACAGACUUGUUGUUUUUAACAAAAAAGGAUAAAGCAAAAUAUGUACUGUUCCUUUUUUAAUUUAAUGUAAGGAUACUACACUAACACUGGAAAGCUGUUUUUAUAAUUUAUUUAAAGAUUGCUCUGCCUGUGCAUUGCAGAAUCGCAUUUUUAUUGACGUGCAAAUGACUUCACCGGGUAUUUUAUGGGUACUUUGUUUUUGUAUGUGCCAGGUUUAUCCAGCUGUUUUACUCCUUGCAAUGUUGCAUGCUUCUUUCUGAAAAUCAAACUGACAUUGCUGCACAAACUGAAGCUACAUUUGUAACAGUGCUGGUGUGUUUUCCUUUAAGGUAAAAUAAUUGUGCAAAUUGAACUGCUUUGAUUUACUGGGUUGCAGUGUCAGAGUACAAAUCUGACAGUUGAUACAGAUGGUACUUGGACUAAAGCAGAAUUCUCAUUUUAGAGUCUGAUGAUCUUGGGCUGUUUUCAUAAGACUUUAAACCAGAUUAUAUUUGUACUGUCAUAUCAAGCCUUCAUAUGCUCAUCUAAACUUUUGGCUUUUGUUUUUGAAAAAAGAUAAAUGAGUUUCACAGCUUUGAAAAAAUAAACCCCAGACUGUGAAGUCCAGUGCUGUGGACAACAUGAUAACAGCACAGUAUUGUACUAAGUGGCACUACAAACAACCCUGUGUAAGUUAGACACGAGUGUUUAUCAGUCAAUAUAGUUUUGUGCUGUAAGUGUACAACACCAAAAUACAUUGACAAUUCUUGCUAAAACUUAGUCUAACUUUAAGUAACUUACCACCGAAAUAUGAUUGGAGGGCCCAAAUUCAUGUAUGAACUUUGCUGAAAAGUUGACUCGAUAUAAAGCUGGGCUGUCGUCAAGCAGGGCAGUCUGUAGGAGCUCGCUGUGAAUGAUUUGCAGGCCUGUCAUUGGUUCGGCUAACAGGCUGUGUAAAUGAUGCUAGGAUAGACAAGGGGCCAACAAUCGCACUCUCUCCCACAUCGCUGUGAACUAGCCAAGCACCUGUCUACUUGCAAAGUCAAUGUCUUUCAACGCUGGUAAACUCACGUGCAAGUACUGUGCAGUUUAAAUUGAGGUUGGAACAAUAAAAGUAAGCUAAAAGGAUCCACGCCACUGUGGACAGCCUUCUAUAAAGAGAGGACUGUUCAGUGCCACGUAAUUAAACUGGGCAUUGGAAAAUCAUUCA